UUUACAUACUGGCGAUCCGACGCCCGGGAGUCUCUCUAUGUACAGCUAGUCUGCAAUGAUGAGUUGGCAGAACUGCAUGUGCCAAAUUGUUCACGUUUUGAAAACAAAGGCUCAGCCGAGCCGCUUGUGAAAGCAUUGAUCGCCUCGCAGCUUGCAAUGCAUGGCGACGGUGGGGAGAACUGACCUCCUGACAUUCUGAAGAGAUUAGUGGGCGAUUAGUCUAGUGCUAUUGCAGUGUUGACUCCAUGCCAGCAGCCAUUAUGGCCGCAACAGCGGCCAAUGGCGGGUCUUCGAGGCCUCCGACCAGUCCUACAGCAUGCAAGGGAAGCCAGGGACUGCCCCCACUGGAGAAGUUCCCGGCACAAGGUUACCUUCACAAUAUCUGGCAGGGCUUCCGCUCCAUCGUCGCGUACCUGCUGUGGCCUGUGCACUACAUACAUCGUGUGGGUUGGCAGAGGGCCUUGGCCUCCGCCAUCAUGUGUCUGUUGACAUUCUUCCAUGGAAAACCCCUGAGGAAAUUGGGCAUUGCCAUGGAAUGGCUGGGAAACUCCAUACUAGGUCCGGACAAGGAUACCAAGUGCAACCUGACGGUGAUUGGCCUCCUCGACAGGAACUUCACUCUGGAUGAGCACACGGUUACCACCUUUCCUUCGGAAACACCAAGCGCACGCACCAACGCUUUGGUGUGCUGCAUGGCUUCCAAGGUCAUCUAUGAAGACGAUCGCCUUGUAGAGCACGUUGUCAACAACGUGUGGAACAAAAACAAUAAGGGCGAGAAGUUCAAGUUCAUUGAGUGGUAUCACUACACGACACAAGGGCAGGAUCGCGUAGACACUCAAGCCAUGCUCGUGAAGAAGGGACACGCUGUCAUCGUUGCUUUCCGAGGGACGCAGCCUUUCAGCGUCGUGGACUGGGCUACUGACUUUCGCUUCAGCUGGUGGGAUGGUAUUCCGCCACUUGGCAGAGUGCACAUCGGCUUCCUCGAGAGCCUCGGCCUCGGUGCCCCGAUCGACGACGAGGACCCUUCCGAGAAGGAUGAGUCUACCAGACUAGAAGAGGACGAAAAGCUGAGAGCUUUUUCAAAGUACAUCAACCUGUGCCAAACCCGCCACCGCCAGGGCACAAAGCGCCGCGACGACACCGCGGGCCGCAAGUCGCGUGCGGAUGUCCGAGACCCGCAAACCCCGGCGUCCGACGAGUCUGAGGCCGACGUGCUAGCCCGCUUCUUAAAGGAUUACGUCCUCGAGGACAAAAGCGCGCUCGCCAAUAAGGCCGCGCCGCUGUCCGAGGAGGUGUGCGACCAAUGGAACGUGCGCGACAACGCGCCGCUCUACUGGAAGAUCCGACUCGCGCUCGCGAACGCGCUGCGCGCGGACCCCGAGGCCAAGGUCUACAUCACCGGGCACAGCCUGGGCGGCGCGCUCGCCGCGCUCUUCGCGGGGCUGCUGGCGGCCGAGAAUGACGUCAUGGCGGAGCGCAUCGGCGGGCUGUACACGUUCGGGCAGCCGCGCAUCGGGGACUGGUCAUUCGCGGAGUACCUGCACAACAAGCUGAACCUGCCGGAGCAGCGCUACGUGCGCCUGAUCUACGCCAAUGACCUGGUGCCACGUGUGCCUUUCAACAGCAGCAUGCAUCAGUACAAGCACCUGGGGCCGUACCACGUGUCCAACGCGUUCUACGCCGUCACGGUCGGCACAUCCACCGAGCAGCCGGCGAUGGGCGUGAUAGCUCCGUACCUCACCAUCAUUCUGGAGUUCUGGUACAACGUAGUCUGGAACGAGAUCGCAAACCUGUGCUUUCGGGACGUUCCAAGACCCCGGGAGACGUGCUUCCAGAUGCUCGUCCGAGCGCUUUCUAUGUUUGCGCCGAGGAUCGCGGCGCACAACCCGGCCAACUACCUGAAUGCGGUGCGGUACGGCUUCCCCCACGGAGAGCAGAAGAAGCAGCCGCCCACUUGAGGUGGCGGAGAAGCUAAGAAGUUUAGGUGACCGAACGACACAACAGCCUGUAGAUAGGCCCGAGCCCCCCUGGAGCCCCUCAGUUUGCAGUUAAGGCCCUCAGCUUUUUUUCGGGUUGGGCUUAGUGAUAGAGCAGACCGUUGGCGGUUUUGAAAGAAACGCCGCUUUGGAGCUUGCUAUUUUGAACAAAUCAGGGAUAGGUAUAGGGCAUGAUCAGUGUUGCAUUUGAAUACUGGCGCAGGGCUUAGUGAUAGAGCGCGGACCGUUGGCCUUCUUGAAAGAAACGCGCUUUGGAGCUUGCUAGUUUGAACAGAUCAGGAACAGAUAGAGAGCGUGAUCAGUGUUGCAUCUAUUGUUGGCGCCGCGUAGGUCCUAGUGUAUUUCUGUUAGCUGCUGACUCAUGUCUCGUACUAGACAGUAGUCACGAUCUAGGUCAGUCGGGUACCAUGAGCUGUUGGUCAGCAAUGAAAUCUGCACGAGAAAGGGUUACAAGAAAGCUUCAUAUGUAGGGGAUCAUGCUUUUCAGAGCCUCAUUACAAAGUGCUGCAUGCGUGAUGUCGAU